AUGCUUCCGAAACUAAAUGUUCCUACUCGUCUUAAUAAGAGCUAUCUGUUGGAGUAUAGAACGCAUAAGGCCACUCUGAGACCUGUUCAAAAGCCCCAGGAAUACGAAAGGCCAACUCCCAAUAACUAUCGUACAAUAUUAUGUAAGUUUUUCUUAAUGAACUCCUGCAAGCAUGGGGAUAAUUGCACAUAUUCCCAUGACACAAGCAAGUUUCCAUGUAAAGCAUUUCAUUUAAGAAAAAGCUGCAGUAGGAAGGAUUGUCCCUUUUCUCAUGCACCCCUGUCUGAUCAAGCAAUGGAAGAAAUCAUCAAUGAAAAGCAAGAGACUCCUACCUCCUUAUUCAAGUCUACUUUACUCUAG